AUGUCUCCAAAAUGCCCAGACAGACUGCUACCAGAGAGUCAAUGGAAGCAUCCGAAGCACUAUGUUGAUUACGGGAAGAAGCUCAAUCUUAAUCAGAUUGGAGCAACUGUCCCAACUAUAGCUAUAGUUCCUGGAACUUCUCCAGCGACAAGUGUUAUCACUGGUACAACAUUGAGUGUUGCGGGGAGUGUUGCGGGAAGUGUUAACACACCUUUGCGACUUGCUGCUACUACAGGUAAUCAAAUGAUACAAGUUCCUACAGGCAAUCAAAUGAUGCAAGUUCCUUCGGGAAUGCAGCUCAUGCAGAUUCCAACUCAAGGUGGCGGCACUGUUACUGUCCCUUAUUCUAUGAAUGCUAACGGUGAGAUUGCGUUCAGUGGAAUGCAACUCAACCAACAAGGCUUCUGUGGUGCUCAAGUGCGCCAAGGAUUCGCUGCAACUCAAGCUCGAACUCCGCAGGUCGUGAAGACUAGCUAUUUUGAUAGGUCAAAUGUCUUCCACGAUGCUAUCAAGGGAAAGGAUGAGAAUGGCAAUGAUGUCUAUCUUAUUCCAUGUCCUGCUGGAACGACUAACGUCAAACUUCAAUCCGACUGGCACUACACUAGUAAAAGUGAAGACUUGCCUGAUCUUGCUACUGAAGCACAUCAAGGUAUGCAGUUUAUUCAAAGCCGCAGAAUCGAAAGAGAUCCGUUUGGUUUGCUUGAUCACGUCAUCAUGGACAGUGGUUGCACCAACACCACCAUUUGUAACGGUGAACUCGUGCAUGGACUACGUCAAGCUGAGAAAGAGCUCGAUAUGCACACUAACGUGGGCAGCAGAGUUCUCGAUGAAGAAGGGUUUCUAGGAAGAUUUCCGCCUCAAGUCUAUUAUGAUGAAGACGGAAUUGCCAAUGUACUUGCUAUGCGCGAGAUGAUUGCUGCGGGAUACCGCAUUACCAUGGAUACUGAUUUUGACAAUGCCUUUGUUGUGCAUUGCGAUGGAGACAGACAGAUGCGAUUUGUGAAUCCUAAGGGUGCAUAUGUGCUAGAGCAACUUGGAGCGGAUGUCAAACCAGGUGCCAAAGAGACAAGUGCGAUGUAUCGUUGCCAGUUAAGCAGCGUAAAUAAACAACCCCAUUUCGAACUUUCUUCAAAAUAG